AUGUCUAACACGGUGUUCGCGGUGCCUCAAAUUGUCGCACCUGCGACGGCUUCGUUGUCCACCACCACGACCACCAAACAAGCCACCGAUGGCCAACACGCUAACAGCAAAGACCAGACCCCCAUCAAACCGGUUUGUCUUCCGGCGGGCAGAUACGAGUUCCGCGACAACGGGAUUUACAUUGGAGAGUGGUUGGAUGAGAAGGCGGUCGGAUUGGGCCUGAUAACCAAGGACAAAUCACAGGGCGAGUACACUGGCCUAUGGGAAGCGGGCUCCGAGAAGUCGGGUGUGUUCCUGUGGCCAAACGCGCCGGGCGCCAUGUACGAGGGAGAAUGGGCGAUGAACCGACGCAACGGCUUCGGCGUUUUCAACCGCGAGGACUGGGUGAUUAUGGGGAAAUUUGAAGACGAUUUCAUCACCAUGGGCGUCAAGGGGAAGGAGAACGCGCCUGGGAAGUUUGAGGGGCGUUUCGAGAACGGGUUUCCAGCCUUCGGAGUGGAGACCUAUGGCGACAAGGGAACCUACUGCGGUGAAUACAAGAAUGGAAUUCGCGAGGGGCUAGGAGUCCGUCGAUCGAUAACCUACAGAGAAGUGCUCGAACUCUACCCGGAGAUCAAGAAGGCCUCGAACUCCAGCAAGCUGGAAGACCUCCGGAAACGCGGCAAGUUGCCCUCCGCAGUCACCACAAGACGCGACCGUCGAAUGUCCUUGGAUGGCGGGUCCAUUGACGUGCCGUGCGACGCAGUCGGCGACGCCAACAACUCGUCUGAAGGCGAGGGCGUCGAGGACGGCGCGAACGACCCGGAGCCCUACACAGCCCCCCGCGACACCGCCAACUCCCUGACCAGUCCGCACCGCCACCAGAGUGCCACCUACAGACUAAUGGUGACCCAGCGCUGCGGCUUCAUGCUCUCCUCCAAACGCUCGGAUCUCUUCAUAAAACGCCUCAACAAGCUCAAACACCCUCGACUGAAUCCCCUCGGAUGCACGACGCCGGUUCUGGCCGGACGCAAGAGGACCCAGUCUCUGUCGAUGCUCUUCACCUACCCCGAAGAGACCUUCCAGAGUCCGCCGAGUGGAUGCGUUCGACAGAUGCGUGACAUCUACCAUUCCUCUAACUCCCUGCCUCACAGGUCGGCAACUCCGCAGAAGGUUGUGCCAGCUGAGAAAGACACCCUGGAAUUGGACCUGAUCGCGGACGACACGGUGGAGGUUUACUCCGGCGAGUGGUUCUCGGACGCGCGACACGGUUUCGGGGUGUGCGAGCGCACCGACGGCCUCGUCUACUACGGCCAGUGGUUCAAGAACCUUCGCCAUGGCUACGGACACACGUGCUUCCCCGACGGGACCUUUGAACAGGGUCGGUACCGCAACGGGAAACUCGUGUACCUGGCACUGCCUGCCGGCAACAAACCUCACAUGGUCCUCUACAACCGCCACAUCAUGCAGGAAGUCCAGAAGACGGUGCAGAAGGCCAUGCUGGUAGCGGAGCAAGCUCAAAAGAAGGCGAUCGAGGCCAGGGAACAAGUCAGUAUAAAAAUUCUCGAUUAUAUCGAGAAGGCUAAGGCUGCCGCUAGCUGCGCACGCGAUUACUCCCUUGAGGCUCGAGAACUCGUCCGCGAGAUGUAUCCGGAUUUUGAACAGCCAGCCAAUAAACUAAAAUUGAUCGCGGAGCGAUUUGAUUGGUCGGCAGGUAUCAAGUACUUGGAGGACAUCGUGCGAAUGAUGCGAGUGACGCGGCAGGGCAGUCCGACGUUCGAGGCGGCGCUGCAGUCGGCGAAGGACGUGAUCGCGGGCAUCGUGCGGGGCCUCACGCGCAACGGCGACGAGGACACGGAAGAGGAGGAGCAGCCCGAGGAGGACUUGACGCUGCCCCCCAAAUUCACCUCCCAACUGAAGGAGCUCCAGGAGAAGAAGCUGGCCGCCUCCAGGGCCGGCUCGGUGCGCGCUCAGCGACGCGCGCGCGCCCAGAAAAUGGCCGAGGAGUUGCGCAGGCGCGAGCGACUCCUCAUGGGCGAGGACCCCAAGGUGGUGAUGGACUCGGCGGUAGAAGCGCAGCGUCAACAGCAGCUGAAAGCGGACAAGCAGCAACUUAAAUCCAAGUCGCAACAACAGCAGCACCAACUGGACCAAGAGAAGAAGAAGGCUGCUGCUGCCGCGACGUCGAGUGGCGACCGCGCAGCUGCGACGGACCUCCGGGCGGAUCGAUGGGCCGCGGAAAUGAUGCCGACGAAGCGCCAGCAGAACGGACCCCUCAACGCCAGUGGCAGAGCCACCACGCCGACGGGAGGCUACCUCCACGUGCCCGGUGGCAAGCGGAGAGGCAGACGAAGGAGCGUCGUCGCUGAUGACGAAGUCGACGGGUCGUAUGUUGAAAUUCCUGACAUGACCGAGCUGAAACACCAAUACGAGAUUCCCGCCUGUCCGCUGACAAAGUUGCUGGCCAAUCCGACGCUGUUUAGCAAUCACUUCGACUACUACACCACACUGCCUCCACCAAUCACGGCCAGAGCCACGGCGACGACGGGGCUGCAUCAAGCUAAGCUGACGCGACCGGAGGUUCUGGUCCAACCAGAAAAGUUGAAGUCGGUGGUGGUUGAAAAGGCGUCGCCUGAAAUCUCCCCUAGCUCCAGCGAUUCCUUCGGAUUCCUUUCAAAGCUCGCCUUUUGGUCGUGGGGAAAAAGUGAAGAGCCCUCUAAGGAGAAGCCGUCAGUAACCCCAACUCCCAUGGAAAAUGGCUUCCCCGUGAAUUCACCCGCAAUCACCUCGUUCAGUCAGCUGGUGCCCGACUAUCAGGACACGUCAGAGUCCCAAUUGAUGGCCGCUGGACUGAUCGAUAGACGCCAUCCACACACGCCAUCCACUGAAAGUAGCCAGUCAAUUCUCCAAGUAUCAGACAUUUUCGAAUGGAUUCGCUCCAAUAUUUCGUUGCUGGCCAUUAUCUGCCUUAACAUCAUCCUGCUCCGCAUAUUCUUCACGCAUUUGGGACAGACGGACGAUGAAGGAGGCCAGUUGGGGAGUUAA